UGCUUUUUCUCGGGUUUGCUUUUUCAUUCCCUCCGUUUCCUGUUCCGGAGGCGCUGGCGGCGCCGUGGUCUCGGCGGCUGCAGCUUAAGCCUGGCUCUACUCUGACGGUGACCUCACGGCCCGGGAGCCUUUUUGCAGGAUGCUCUGCCAGGGGCUGUGAAGGAUCCAGAAAUGACUAUGAAUCAACCCAUGUCCUCAAGGAGCUAAUAAUCUAGUGGAGAAGUUAGACAUGUGCACACAUGACUGUACUAUGAGGCAGUCUCUGAGCUCAUAGUCUCUGUGGGAGAUGUGACUCUGACCCAGACAGCACCUCAUGAUGCAAGGCAAUACAUGUCAUAGAAUGUCAUUCCACCCAGGACGAGGGUGUCCCCGAGGGCGAGGAGGACAUGGAGCCAGACCCUCAGCACCAGCCUUCAGGCCUCAGAAUUUAAGGCUGCUUCACCCGCAGCAGCCUCCUGUGCAAUAUCAAUAUGAGCCGCCAAGUGCUCCUUCCACCAGCUUCUCAAACUCUCCAGCCCCCAAUUUUCUGCCUCCGAGACCGGAUUUUGUACCCUUCCCUCCACCCAUGCCUCCAUCAGCACAAGGUCCCCUUCCCCCCUGCCCCAUCCGGCCCCCCUUCCCCAACCACCAGAUGAGGCCCCCCUUCCCCGUACCUCCCUGUUUUCCCCCCAUGCCGCCUCCGAUGCCCUGUCCUAACAACCCCCCAGUCUCCGGAGCACCUCCUGGGCAGGGCACGUACCCCUACAUGAUGCCCCCUCCUUCCAUGCCCCAUCCCCCACCCCCUCCGGUCAUGCCCCAGCAGGUCAAUUAUCAGUACCCUCCUGGGUAUUCGCACCACAAUUUCCCGCCUCCCAACUUUAAUAGCUUCCAGAACAGCCCCAGUUCUUUCCCACCCAGUGCUAAUAACAACAGCAGCCCACAUUUUAGGCAUCUCCCUCCAUACCCACUCCCAAAGGCCCCCAGUGAGAGGAGGUCCCCGGAAAGGCUCAAGCACUAUGAUGAUCACCGGCACCGGGAUCACAGUCACGGGCGAGGGGAGAGGCAUCGGUCCCUGGACCGGCGGGAGCGAGGCCGAAGUCCCGACAGGAGAAGAGCAGACAGUCGCUACAGAUCCGAUUAUGACCGCGGCAGAACGCCAUCUCGCCACCGCAGCUAUGAGCGGAGCAGAGAGCGGGAACGGGAGAGACCCAGGCACCGGGACAGCCGAAGAUCACCAUCUCUGGAAAGGUCCUACAAAAAAGAGUAUAAGAGACCUGGAAGGAGUUACGGUUUGCCAGUUGCUCCUGAACCUGCUGGAUGCACACCAGAAUUACCUGGGGAGAUUAUUAAAAAUACAGAUUCUUGGGCCCCACCCCCGGAGACUGUGAAUCAUCGCUCCCCCAGUAGGGAGAAGAAGAGAGCUCGUUGGGAGGAAGAAAAAGACAGAUGGAGUGACAGCCAGAGCUCUGGCAAAGAAAAGAAUUAUACCUCCAUCAAGGAAAAGGAGCUGGAGGAGGCGCCGCCCGACAAGAACGAGGAGGAGGAGGAGGAGCUCCUUAAGCCUGUGUGGAUUCGGUGUACCCACUCGGAAAACUACUACUCCAGUGACCCCAUGGAUCAGGUGGGGGAUUCUACUGUAGUUGGAACAAGCAGGCUCCGCGACUUAUAUGACAAAUUUGAGGAAGAGCUGGGGAACCGGCAAGAAAAGGCCAAAGCCGCUAGGCCCCCGUGGGAGCCUCCCAAGACAAAGCUGGAUGAAGAUUUAGCCUCUCUCCGUGUUUGCCCCUCACCUCUGUUAGAAAGUUCCAGUGAAUCCGAAUGUGAGUCUGAUGAGGACAGCACCUGUUCUAGCAGCUCCGACUCUGAAGUUUUUGACGUCAUAGCAGAAAUUAAACGCAAAAAGGCCCAUCCCGACCGGCUUCACGAUGAACUCUGGUACAAUGACCCAGGCCAGAUGAAUGAUGGUCCACUCUGCAAAUGCAGCGCAAAAGCCAGACGCACAGGAAUUAGACACAGCAUCUAUCCCGGAGAAGAGGCCAUCAAGCCCUGUCGUCCUAUGACCAACAAUGCUGGCAGACUUUUCCACUAUCGAAUUACAGUCUCCCCUCCUACAAACUUCUUAACUGACAGGCCUACUGUUAUAGAAUAUGAUGACCAUGAGUAUAUCUUUGAAGGAUUUUCUAUGUUUGCACACGCCCCUCUAACUAAUAUUCCGCUGUGUAAAGUGAUCAGAUUCAACAUAGACUACACGAUCCAUUUCAUCGAAGAGAUGAUGCCUGAGAAUUUUUGUGUGAAGGGACUUGAACUCUUUUCAUUAUUCCUAUUCAGAGAUAUUUUGGAAUUGUAUGACUGGAAUCUUAAAGGUCCUCUGUUUGAAGACAGCCCACCCUGCUGCCCAAGAUUUCAUUUCAUGCCACGUUUUGUAAGAUUUCUUCCAGAUGGAGGGAAGGAAGUGCUGUCCAUGCACCAGAUUCUCCUUUACUUGUUACGGUGCAGCAAAGCGCUGGUCCCGGAGGAGGAGAUCGCCAACAUGCUGCAGUGGGAAGAGCUCGAGUGGCAGAAAUAUGCGGAGGAGUGCAAGGGCAUGAUUGUCACCAACCCCGGCACGAAACCAAGCUCUGUCCGCAUCGAUCAACUGGAUCGUGAACAGUUCAACCCCGAUGUGAUUACUUUUCCAAUAAUCGUUCACUUUGGGAUACGCCCUGCACAGUUGAGUUACGCAGGAGACCCACAGUACCAGAAACUGUGGAAGAGUUAUGUGAAACUUCGCCACCUCCUAGCAAAUAGUCCCAAAGUCAAACAAACGGACAAACAGAAGCUGGCCCAGAGGGAGGAAGCGCUCCAAAAAAUACGACAGAAGAAUACAAUGAGGCGAGAAGUAACAGUGGAGCUCAGUAGCCAAGGAUUCUGGAAAACUGGCAUCCGUUCUGAUGUCUGUCAGCAUGCAAUGAUGCUACCUGUUUUGACCCAUCAUAUUCGCUACCACCAAUGCCUAAUGCACCUGGACAAGUUGAUAGGAUAUACUUUCCAAGAUCGUUGUCUGUUACAGCUGGCCAUGACUCACCCAAGCCAUCACUUGAAUUUUGGAAUGAAUCCUGAUCAUGCCAGGAAUUCUUUGUCUAACUGUGGAAUUCGCCAGCCCAAAUAUGGAGACAGAAAAGUUCAUCACAUGCACAUGCGGAAAAAAGGAAUUAACACCUUAAUAAAUAUUAUGUCACGCCUUGGCCAAGAUGACCCAACUCCUUCAAGGAUUAACCACAAUGAGCGGUUGGAGUUCCUGGGUGAUGCUGUCGUUGAGUUUCUGACCAGUGUCCACUUGUACUAUUUGUUUCCUAGUCUGGAGGAAGGAGGGUUAGCGACUUACCGGACUGCCAUCGUCCAGAAUCAACACCUCGCCAUGCUAGCCAAGAAACUUGAACUGGAUCGAUUUAUGCUUUAUGCCCAUGGACCCGACCUUUGCAGAGAAUCAGACCUUCGACAUGCAAUGGCUAAUUGUUUUGAAGCAUUAAUAGGAGCUGUUUACUUGGAGGGAAGCCUGGAGGAAGCCAAACAGUUAUUUGGACGCUUGCUCUUUAAUGAUCCGGACCUGCGAGAAGUCUGGCUCAAUUAUCCUCUCCACCCACUCCAGCUGCAAGAGCCAAAUACUGAUAGACAACUUAUUGAGACUUCUCCAGUCCUACAGAAACUUACCGAGUUUGAGGAAGCAAUUGGAGUAAUUUUUACUCAUGUUCGGCUUCUGGCAAGAGCAUUCACGUUGAGAACUGUGGGAUUUAACCAUCUAACCCUAGGCCACAACCAGAGGAUGGAAUUCCUAGGCGACUCCAUAAUGCAGCUGGUAGCCACAGAGUACUUAUUCAUUCAUUUCCCAGAUCAUCAUGAAGGACACUUAACUUUGCUGCGAAGCUCUCUGGUGAAUAACAGGACCCAGGCCAAGGUGGCGGAGGAGCUGGGCAUGCAGGAGUACGCCAUCACCAACGACAAGACCAAGAGGCCCGUGGCCCUGAGGACCAAGACGCUGGCAGACCUUCUGGAAUCAUUUAUUGCAGCAUUAUACAUUGACAAGGAUUUGGAAUAUGUUCAUACUUUCAUGAAUGUUUGUUUCUUCCCACGAUUAAAAGAGUUCAUUUUGAAUCAGGAUUGGAAUGACCCCAAAUCCCAGCUUCAGCAGUGUUGUCUGACACUUAGGACGGAAGGAAAAGAACCAGACAUUCCUCUGUACAAGACUCUGCAAACGGUGGGGCCAUCCCACGCUAGAACCUACACGGUGGCUGUUUACUUCAAGGGAGAAAGAAUAGGCUGUGGGAAGGGACCAAGUAUCCAGCAGGCAGAAAUGGGAGCAGCAAUGGAUGCACUUGAAAAAUAUAACUUUCCCCAGAUGGCCCAUCAGAAGCGGUUCAUUGAACGGAAAUACAGACAAGAGUUAAAAGAAAUGAGGUGGGAAAGAGAACAUCAAGAGAAAGAGCCAGAUGAGACCGAAGACAUAAAGAAAUAAAGGAGGACACGGACAUCAUGGCGUAUUUAGUUGCUUAAUAACUGUGACUGUUGCCCAUUGAGAUGUACCCCAGUUUUUCUACAGACAAUGAAUGAAGUGUGUGGUUGAAAUAAAACCCAGUCAAAUCACUAUUGUUGUUUUACUGGUUUUAUAUUCUGUUUUUAGCUGGGUGGUCUUUAUUACCAGGUAUUUGAUUUCUUUUUAAUGGAAACCUUCACUUUAGCAGAUAUGUGUAUUCCCUUAUAUUUUUUCUUUACACAAUAAAAUUUUAAAAGUUUA